CUUCCAUUCACUUCGUUCCACGUAUGCCGAGGCGCUGAAGCUUCGCUCCCCUGGUCCCCUUUUUAUUUACAUAUUACACACUCGCUUUCUUGGUUCCCCUCAUCACCUCCUUCCCUCGCCAUCUACGCUCGCACUAUGGCUAGAGUGCAGACGAUCGUGUUCUUGUCGCUGGUUCUCGACUUGUUCGCGUUUACGAUCCCGCUGCCGCUGUUUCCGCGUAUCAUUGAGUGGUAUACGAAGCGGGAGGCGUCCGAUCCGACUGGCUUCCUCUCACAAACACUACACUUCGUCCAGUAUCUCAGGAGCUUCGUAUAUGAUUCUCCCGUACAUUCCGAGAGAUGGGAUGUGGUCCUGCUAGGAGGGCUGAUGGGUUCCGUCUUCUCGACGCUUCAAUUUAUAGUCUCCCCCUUCAUUGGAUCGUUGUCUGACAAAUAUGGCCGCAAGAAGAUCCUCCUCAUCACAAUGAUUGGCAACAUUGCUAGCGCUAUAAUAUGGAUCCAGUCGACAACAUUCGCAUCCUACAUGCUCUCUCGCGUAGUCGGCGGCCUCAGUGAAGGAAAUGUACAGCUAGCCAUCGCCAUUCUAUCCGACGUCUCCACACCCGCUCAGCGCUCUUCCACACUCGCCUACGUCGGCAUCGCUUUCGCCAUCUGCUUCUGCAUCGGGCCGCCCAUUGGCGCGUACUUUGCUUCCGCCUCUUUCCCCCACAUCUUCAGCUCCAUCGAGCUCAACAUCUACGCCGUGCCCGCUGCCCUCACCCUCGUCCUUCUGCUCGUUGAGACUGCUUUCAUCUACGUCGCGCUUCCGGAGACGCGCGGGAAGGGACUGGCAGUGGAGACGCCAGCUGGCAAGGGCAAAACGGCGACGGGAAAGAGCACCACUACACCGACUCGCCCGAAGACGACCGUGGAGCACCGCCUCAGUACUCUCGCGCGCCUGCGCAGGCAGCACUUCCUCUUCCUCUGCUUAUUCUCAGGCGUCGAGUUCACCCUCACUUUCCUCACCUUCGACUUAUUCGACUGGACCAACAAGCAAAACGGCGCGCUCAUCGGCUCCAUCGGCAUCAUCAGCGCCCUCCUCCAAGGCGGCUACGUCCGGCGCGCCAUGUCCAAGACGGGCGAGGGCAAGAUGGCGCGCCGCGGCGUGCACGCGUGCGCGCUCGCGCUCGUCCUCCUCGCCCUCCUGCCGAACUACCCGCCGGAGACGGCGACGCGGCUCCUGCAGGGCGCGGCGGUGUGCCUGGCGUUCACGUCUGCGACGGUGGUGAAUGCGCUCACGGCGGCUGCGUCGCUGCAGUGCGAUGAGGGUGGGCCGUCGGAGGGGGUGGGGAAGGUGGAGGGGGCAGGGAAGGAUGGGAAGGACGCGGUGACGGGAAAGCCUGUGACCGACGAGCACCCGGACCUGGCGAAGGGCAAGGCGCUGGGGCGCUUCCGCUCAAGAGGACAGCUCGGCCGGGCGAUUGGGCCGCUUUUGGCCUGCGCGAUGUACUGGACCUUCGGGCCGACGCUGACGUACAGCGUGUGCGCGGUGGCGAUGUUCGCGCUGGCGAUUGGCAUGCGGGCGGCGUCGAAGCGCGCGUUGUGAGAUGUAGCAAAUUGCCAUAAGGAGUAAUUUGUACGCGUGUAUGCUCUGACCUUUGCUCGUCCCA